CGGGGUAAUUUCUUUCUUGCGAAAAAACAACACAACCACAGCAUCAAAACAUUCGCGACAAUGGCCUCCGCGACCAAGUUCUACGACUUCAAGCCGCUUGACAAGCGCGGCCAGGAGGUCCCCCUCGCCGACUACAAGGGCAAGGUCGUCCUCGUCGUCAACACGGCCUCCAAGUGCGGCUUCACCCCGCAGUACGCCGGCCUCGAGAAGCUGUGGAAGGACAUCAAGGAGAAGCACGGCGACGACUUCGUCAUCCUCGGCUUCCCCUGCAACCAGUUCGGCGGCCAGGAGCCCGGCUCCGACGACGACAUCCAGAACUUCUGCCAGGUCAACUACGGCGUCUCCUUCCCCAUCAUGCAGAAGACCGACGUCAACGGCGACAACGCGAACCCUCUGUUCCAGUGGCUCAAGGAGGAGAAGCCCGGCAUCAUGGGCCUCAAGCGCAUCAAGUGGAACUUUGAGAAGUUCCUCAUCGGCCGUGACGGCCAGGUCAAGGGCCGCUGGGCGAGCACCACCAAGCCCGAGAGCCUCGAGAAGCCCAUCCUCGAGGAGCUGGAGAAGAAAUAA